AAAAACUCGCCGCCCCACGCGGCCGCACCCGCUCGCUCGGACAGAGCUCGGCCCGGCUCGGCUCGCACGAACCCGGGACCCCUGCUUGCCCUCCUCUGUCCCUUGAUGCGCGUGCCCCCAUGCGGCGGCGGCUCCGACACAGUUAGGCCCCGUCUGGGGCUGCGUCCGCGGCGGCGGCGGCGGCGAUGAAGCGGCCGCUGCGGCGCUCCUUCGCGGUGCUCCUCUUCGUCGUGCUCGUCGGCGCGGCCUCGUUCUCCGCCGCGCUCCGCCGCGCCGUGGCGCCCGCGCCCGCGCGGGAGCCGCCCCUCCCGCUCGACCCGGCGCGCCUCAACGCCACGCUGCUCCGCCUCGCCGCCGUCGAUCCCUCGGAGGCCCCGCUGCGGCGGGACGUGGACGAGCUCCUCGACGGCCGCCUCCCGGCCUCCGCGGCGCGCGCCCGCGCGUGGCGCCGCGACCGGCUCCUCCACCCGCUCCACCUCCACCACCAGCGCUUCCCGCUGCCCCGCCGCGGCCGCUACCCGGACGAGGAUCACGACACCCUGCUCCACCCGCUCCCGCGCCACGAGCAGCAGCUCCACAUCGACCCCGCCCUCCGCCGCGCGCUCCGCUCCUGGCACCGCCUCCGCCGCUACGAUCCCACCGUCCUCGGCAGCCUCCCCUCCCUCCUCUCCCUGCCCGGCCGCAUCCCAUCCUGCGCAGUUGUCGGCAACAGCGGCAUCCUCCUCCGGGCGAACCACGGCGCCCUCAUCGACUCCCACGACGCCGUGUUCCGCCUCAACAACGCCCGCAUCGCAGGUUACGCCGCGCACGUCGGCAGCAAGACCAACCUCUCCUUCAUCAACAGCAACAUCCUUCACCUCUGCGCGCGCCGACCCGGCUGCUUCUGCCACCCCUACGGCCACGGCGUCCCCAUCCUGCUCUACAUCUGCCAGGCCGCCCAUUUCCUCGACAUCGCCGCUUGCAACACCACCUCAUCCUCCCGCCACGGCUCCCCCAUCUCCGUCACCGACGCCCGCCUCGACGUCCUCUGCGCCCGCAUCGUCAAGUACUACUCCAUCCGCCGAUUCGUCGCGGAGACUGGCCGCGCGGCCGAGGACUGGGACCGCGCGCACGACGCCGCCAUGUUCCACUACUCGUCCGGGAUGCAGGCCAUCAUGGUCGCGGUGGGAGUUUGUGACAGAGUCAGCGUGUUCGGCUUCGGGAAAUCCUCCGAUGCAAAGCACCAUUACCAUAGCAACCAGAAGGCGGAGCUGGAUCUCCAUGACUACGAGGCGGAGUACGCCUUCUACCACGACCUCGCCGAGCACCCGCAGGUAGUCCCCUUCCUCAAGGAUGCUGGAUUCACCGUCCCGCCCGUCAUCUUCUACCAUUAGGCCAGCUUCGUAGUGUGCGCGGCAUGUGCUCGACGUUAUGUGGCACGGGUGUUUUUUUUUUCUUCUUUCGGGGUGUUUUGAUUAGUAAGUACGAUGUAAAACUUGUUGUGUCGGUGGGUUAAUCUGUUUUGAUUAGAUGAAGUAGGCAAAUUGAGGUAGAAAAAAUUUCGUGUGCUGUUGGAGUUGGAGUUGGAAGUUGUAUAUUGGGAUUUAGGCUACUCCAUGGUAUAGAAGGAUUGUUUGGGUUUUUUGGCUUCAGCAGGACCGUAGGCAGGGUCUGGAAUUGUAAUCUUAGACUGAUAUCUCAAUUUAUUAUGAAACAAAAUGUAUAUCGCAUACACAAAUUACCGUCACUUUUCUGCUAUGUUUUCACAUGUAUUACAUCCUUCUUAUAGUUUUUCUAUCUCUGGCCAUGAUACCUUGGCAUUUUAUUUU